AAAGGAAGAGAAGCCACGGCUUUAUUCCGCUGAACACAGUAGAAGCAGAACAGCAGUCGCACCGGUGUCUCUGAAAGGAUCGCGAGCAGACCCGGGUCUGGGAAGAGAUCUUAUUACGGCGGUCUACAGAAACUCCGCCAGCGUAAAGGAUGAGACCAAAGCUGCAGUUUCUACACACGUGUGCGAGCACAGGUCUCUGCUCCACCCACAGCCACACCGAAAAGGCGAGACCGGCUGGGAUCCACGCCUAACCUGCUAGGCCCCGCCCCCACUCGGACUCCCAGUGCGCAGGCGCCGAGGCCUGACCUGGAAGAGACUGUCUUUCGAGCCCACGUGUUUGGUUCAGCAUGGCGGAGAUGAAGAGCCCUACGAAAGCUGAGCCUGCGUCUCCCGCAGAAGCGCCGCAAGGCGACCGCCGCAGCCUGUUGGAGCACAGUCGCGAGUUCUUGGACUUCUUCUGGGACAUCGCGAAGCCGGAUCAGGAAACGCGGCUCCGGGCCACGGAGAAGUUGUUGGAGUACUUGCGCACAAGGCCGAGUGAUUCGGAGAUGAAAUAUGCCCUGAAGCGCCUAAUCACUGGGCUUGGGGUGGGCCGAGAAGCUGCUAGGCCCUGCUACAGUCUGGCGCUAGCACAGCUGUUGCAGUCUUUUGAAGACAUCCAGUUGUGUGACAUCCUGGGACAGAUACAAGAAAAAUACAAUCUACAAGCAAUGAACAAGGCAAUGAUGAGACCCACUCUCUUUGCAAACCUGUUUGGAGUGCUUGCCCUCUUUCAGUCAGGACGCCUAGUGAAGGAUAAAGAAGCCCUGAUGAAGUGCGUGAGAUUGCUGAAGAUAUUGUCCCAUCACUACAACCACUUACAGGGGCAGCCAGUAAAGGCUUUGGUGGACAUCCUCUCCGAGGUCCCAGAGUCCAUGUUCCAGGAGAUCCUGCCAAAGGUCCUCAAGGGGGACAUGAAAGUGAUCCUCAGCUCUCCCAAGUACUUGGAGCUCUUCCUCUUGGCUCGGCAGAGGGUGCCAGCAGAGCUCGAGUCACUGGUUGGCUCAGUUGAUCUGUUCUCAGAAGACAACAUUCCCAGUCUGGUGAAUAUACUGAAGGCGGCGGCCAACUCUGUAAAGAAGGAGCAGAAGCUGCCUGAUGUGGCUCUGAACCUGCUCCGCCUGGCACUUAAGGAGAACAAAUUUGAACGGUUCUGGAAGGAGGUUUUGGAGGAGGGGCUGCUGAAGAAGCCAUCCUUUACGUCCAGCUACAUGUGUUUCCGCCUACUGGGUGCAUCUCUGCCGCUUCUGUCAGAUGAGCAGUUGCAGUUGGUGAUGCGAGGAGACUUGAUCCGCCAUUUUGGGGAGCACAUGGUCGUUUCUAAGUCCCAAAACCCGUUAAGGUUCAUUCCAGAGAUAAGUGCAUAUGUGAGUACCUUCCUCGAGGGGUGCCAGGACGAUCCCAAGCGGCAAUUCACUGUGAUGGUGGCCUUCACGGCCAUCACCAAUCAAGGUCUCCCUGUCAUGCCUACCUUCUGGCGUGUCACACGGUUCUUGAAUACUGAAGCCCUGCAGAGCUACGUGACCUGGCUGCGGGACAUGUUCCUGCAGCCUGACCUGGACUCCUUGGUUGACUUCAGCACUGCCAACCAGAAGAGAGUUCAGGACGCCUCCUUGAAUGUGCCUGAGCGAACCGUAUUCCGGCUCCGGAAGUGGAUCAUCCACCGCCUGGUCAGCCUUGUGGAUCAUCUGCACCUGGAGAAGGAUGAAGCUGUGGUCGAGCAAAUAGCCAGGUUUUGCUUGUUCCAUGCCUUCUUUAAGACAAAGAAAGCUACUCCCCAGAUCCCAGAGACAAAGCAGCACUUCUCCUUCCCCUUGGAGGACGGCAACCGUGGGGUCAUUGUCAGUGCCUUCUUCAGCCUACUGCAGACCCUCAGUGUGAAGUUCAGACAGACACCAGACCUGGCGGCUGAAAAUGGGAAGCCCUGGACUUACCGCCUGGUGCAGCUGGCAGAUAUGCUGUUGAAGCAUAACCGCAACGUAGCCAAUGUGACACCCUUGACAGCACAGCAGCGUCAGGCCUGGGACCAGAUGAUGAGUACGCUGAAGGAACUGGAGGCCCAGUCCUCAGAGACCCGGGCCAUUGCCUUCCAGCACCUGCUGCUUCUGGUGGGCCUCCACCUCUUCAAGUCCCCUGCAGAAAGCUGUGAUGUCCUAGGAGACAUUCAGACUUGCAUCAAGAAAAGCAUGGAGCAGAAUCUGCGCCGAUCACGCUCUAGAGCCAAAGCCUCCCAGGAGCCAGUGUGGGUGGAGGUGAUGGUGGAGAUCUUGCUGUCCUUGCUGGCUCAACCCAGUAACCUGAUGCGCCAGGUGGUCCGGAGUGUUUUUGGUCAUGUCUGUUCCCACCUGACUCCACGUGGGCUGCAGCUAAUCCUGGCUGUGCUCAACCCUGAGACAAAUGAGGAUGAGGAGGACAACGUGGUGGUCACUGACACUGAUGAGAAGCAGCUGAAACAUGGAGAGGACGCAGACUCAGACAGUGAGGAGAGUAAGAACUCAGAGAGUGACGUGGAUAGUGAGGAUGGGGAAGAAAGUGAAGAGGAGGACCGUGAUAAGGAUGUGGACCCAGGCUUCCGACAACAGCUGAUGGAAGUGUUGCAAGCUGGGAAUGCACUGGGUGGAGAGGAAGAGGAGGAGGAAGAGCUUGGGGAUGAGGCCAUGAUGGCCCUGGACCAGAACCUGGCCAGCCUAUUUGCAGAGCAGAAGAUGCGUAUCCAGGCCCGGCAUGAGGAGAAAAACAAGCUGCAGAAGGAGAGGCAGCUCCGACGGGACUUCCAGAUCAGGGCACUGGACCUGAUUGAGGUGCUGGUGACCAAGCAGCCUGAGCACCCCCUGAUCCUGGAACUUCUUGAGCCACUGCUAAACAUCAUCCAGCGCAGCAUGCGCAGCAGAGGCUCCACCAAGCAGGAGCAGGACCUCCUGCACAAGACCGCCCGCAUCUUCAUGCAUCAUCUUUGUCGUGCCCGCCACUACUGCCACGAGGUGGAGCCCGGCGCAGAGGCUCUGCAUGCCCAGGUGGAGAGGCUUGUGCAGCAGGCUGGCAACCAGGCCGACGCCUCUGUUGCCCUUUACUAUUUCAAUGCCUCUCUGUACCUGCUGCGAGUCCUCAAGGGCAACACCACUAAGAGGUACCAAGACGGUCAGAAGUUAGAGGGAGCAAACAUCAAGUCUGAACCCAAGGACUCAGAGGUCCAGACUACCAGUUGCUUGGACUUGGACUUUGUGACCCGGGUGUAUUCAGCGUCAUUGGAAUCUCUUCUGACCAAGCGUAACAGCCCACUCACCAUCCCCAUGUUCCUCGACCUCUUCUCCCGAUACCCAGUGAUCUGUAAGAACUUGCUUCCCAUCGUGGUCCAGCAUGUGGCUGGCUCAUCUCGGCCCCGCCAUCAGGCCCAGGCAUGCCUGCUGCUCCAGAAGGCCCUGUCUGCACGGGAGCUGAGAGUGUGUUUUGAGGAUCCUGAGUGGGAGCAGCUGAUUAGCCAGGUCUUGGGAAAGACCACCCAGACCCUGCAGACUCUUGGGGAAGCACAGAGCAAAGGGGAGCACCAGAGGGAGCUAUCCAUCUUGGAGCUGCUGAACACUGUCUUCAGGAUAGUCAAUCACGAGAAGCUGUCUGUGGACCUCACUGCUUUCUUGGGCAUGCUUCAAGGCAAGCAGCAGAAGCUGCAGCAAAACCUGCAGCAGGGGAAUCACUCGUCUGGCUCCAGUCGCCUCUACGAUCUCUACUGGCAGGCCAUGAACUUGCUUGGAGUGCAGCGUCCAAAGUCAGAAAAGAAGAAUGCAAAGGAUAUUCCUAGUGACAGCCAGAGCCCCAUUAGCACAAAGCGGAAGAAAAAGGGAUUCUUGCCAGAGACCAAGAAGCGAAAGAAACUUAAAUCUGAGGGUACCACACCAGAAAAGAAGGCUGCAUCACAGCAGGAUGCAGUGACAGAGGGUGCCAUGCCUGCUGCCACUGAUAAAGACCAGCCCCCCAGCACAGGCAAGAAAAGAAGGAAGAGAGUGAAGGCUAACACCCCAUCCCAGGUGAAUGGAGUAACUGUGGCCAAGAGUCCGGCUCCCAAUAACCCCACCCUGAGUCCCAGCACCCCUGCCAAGACCCCAAAAGUGCAGAAGAAAAAAGAGAAGCUGUCACAGGUGAAUGGAGCCACUCCUGUGUCCCCCGUAGAGCCUGAAAGCAAAAAGCAUCAGAAGGCUCUCAGCACAAAGGAGGUCAAAAGAAGGUCCUCCCAGUCUGCCCUGCCAAAGAAAAGAGCAAGGCUGUCUCUGGUGAGCAGGAGCCCCAGCCUGUUACAGAGUGGGAUCAGGAAAAGGAGAGUGGCCAGGAGGAGAGUCCAGACACCUUGAGUGCUAUGAUGUCCCCUCCUGUCAGCAGCCCUAGAGACUCCUAUUUUUUCACCAAUAUUUUAAUAAACAAGCCAUGAUCU